AUUAGAAAUGGAAAUGGAAAGUUUAAAAAUAUUUAUAUACUUAGUAAUAAUAAACCCAUAUGUAUUUGCAUUGCAUUACCUUUUUGCAAGUUAUCUUUAAUGUCCAGCUUAAUAAAAGACAGGUUCUCAAGUGUUCUGCAUUCACCCUGUUGUGAUAGCACAAGCUGUGCAGCCUCUGGAAGCCUCUAGAGUACACCAGUGAGAGUGAGAAGGGCGGAGAGUGGCUUGGAUCGUUGUGGAGGUGCUUGUGUCAUCAUGGAUCCCUGGGGUCCUCAGACCAUACCCGGAGAGCAGUGUACUGGACUGCACUGUCUGUGCUCCUGCUGAAUUAUAUAUGCUGUGCUCUUUUGGCUUCAGCAUGCGCGGAGGGUGCCUUAAGAACAGCUCUGGAAGCUUGCCCUGCUGUUCGUUGUUGGCAUCUUGGUGAGGAGUUGGUCUGGUACGAAGGGGACGUUGCGCACUGCCCUUUCAUGAGCAGCCACAGGGGACGCUUCCUUUGGGUUCCAGUGCCAGGAGGAGCUGUGUCUCUUCUGGGCCACUGAAGACUGUGCAGUCUUUUUAACUGAUGAAGAACAAGCCUUUGUCUUCCUGUAAUUCUGAAGUGAAGUUGAGUCACCCAACAAGAAAAAAAAAACUAAGUCCAGUUAAAAUAUAGGCAUUAGGAAUAGAAUGCUGAACCAAACCUCUGGAUUGGCUUCAUUGGCUUUCCUGCUUCUUUUGCAUCCCAAAGCAUAAGCUUAAAUCAUCUCAGAAGGACAAGGUCCGCCAGUUUAUGGCAUUUACUCAGGCUGGCGAAAGAACUGCCAUCUACUGCUUAACACAGAAUGAGUGGAAACUAGACGUGGCCACCGACAACUUCUUCCAAAACCCGGACUCGUUCCACAAGGAAUCCAUGAAAAACACAGUGGACAAGAAGAAGCUGGAGCAGCUGUAUAACAGGUACAAAGACCCACAAGAUGAAAAUAAAAUUGGAAUUGAUGGGAUUCAACAGUUUUGUGAUGAUUUAAGCCUAGAUCCUGCCAGUAUCAGCGUUUUGGUUAUAGCAUGGAAAUUCAGGGCAGCAACUCAAUGUGAAUUUAGCAAAAAGGAAUUUGUAGAUGGCAUGACUGAGCUUGGGUGUGACAGCACAGAAAAGCUGAAAGCUCUCCUACCAAGAUUGGAGCAAGAGCUUAAGGACACAGUGAAGUUUAAGGAUUUCUAUCAGUUUACUUUUACCUUUGCUAAGAACCCUGGGCAAAAAGGUUUAGGGGCCAGGGAUAGA